AUUGCAAUAGCGUUGCUCAUGUAUGACAUGAACAAAGGAGGGUUGGGCAAGACUUCCCCGCAGACCGCCGCGCCAGAGAGCGCCGCAAGAAAAACUUCAAAGCCCCUCUCAUCGGGCACGUCUCCCCCGCGCCACGGGAGGGGCAGCCGGAGACGCCUGAAGAGAUCCGGGGGGGUGGGCUUCCAGAGAGGCGUCGUGGCGGUGCGCUAUGGGGGGCAGCUGUGCACGCACACCGGGCGGCUGCAGGGCACCGACUACCUCUGCGAGCUGGGCGGGGGACUCUGCGUCGACGCCCGGCAGUACUGCAGCGAGGCGGCGUUCAUCAACCACUUCUGCGGCAUCGCCGGCGCGCCCAACUGCGAGAUCGAGGGCGUCCCCGCCGAGCGGGUCAUCCUGAUCCGCACCACGCGGGACAUCCCGAGGGGCGAGGAGCUGCUCGUGGACUACGGUCCGAGCUACUGCCUGGAGAGCGGCGUGCCUCACCCGCGGGUGCCUGACUGGGCGCGCGAGUUCGCCAGACACCCAUACUGAUGAGCGAAAGAAGGCUCCCCGUCCCCCCCCUU